AUGGGGCGUCGGCAAAAGUGGGACGACUCAACAAUCAUCAUCGACGUCAACCCACUGCACAGGGUGCCGCUGGUGAUCGUCAACGCUGUCGUCUUCACCUUCUGUUCAAUCGUCGUGUUGGCCUGCGUGUACUCCUUCGUGGAGCGAUACGACGACAUCACGUUCCGACAUCGGUCGCUCGUCAUCAGCUUCGUGGUGAACACCGAGGUGUCGGCCCUGGUCGCGUCCGGUAUGCUGCACCUCGUCAGCUUCAUGGGUUUGAUGGGGGCCCUGCGCGAGAAUGUGUGCCUGCUGCGCUGGUACCUCUGGGGAAUAUGCCUGCUCCUCCUACUGGACCUGGUGUUCAUCACAAGCUGCUUCGUCUUGCCUUUCAUCAGCACAGGCAGUGCGCAAAGCGUGUUCAGCAUCGACCUCAUCGUCAGCUACAGGGACAACCCGGACUACGCUCGACUAGUCGAUUACACGCAGCAGUCGUUCGAGUGCUGCGGUGUCACAGAGGCGCGGUACCGCGACUGGGACCAAAACAUCUACUUCAACUGCUCCACGUCGAACCCAAGCUCCGAACGGUGCUCCGUGCCGUCCUCGUGCUGCAGGCACUACGCCACCGCAAGCCACGACGCUGAGGUGAAAGCCGAGAAUGACCUGGAAGUACGGCUCAAGCGUCGCUUCUGCGGCAGAGGAGUGCUCAACCUCACUGAACAGGAGGCGUGGAAGAAGAUCUUCACUCGUGGCUGCGUGGACGCUUGCGUCUCCUACAUCCGCUCCAACGUGUCAUUGAUGAUUGGUGUGGCCUUGGUGGUGUUCGCGGUCCUCUCACUUCUGCGCACCAUGGCAUUCACAGUGCACGAUGAGAUCGUCUCGCUCACGCAUCUUUACAGCAAGUACUACCGCAAUAAGGCACGUGGGUACCGUAAGUCGCUCAAGCGAAUGCAGGCCCUGCAGGCCGAGGCUGCCGCCAAGAACCUGGUCGUCAAGAGAAUGCAGUGA